AUGCAGUACGUCAGGAAUCUAAGCGACUCCGUUUCUACGGCAUGGAACUCGAUCAACCCCGCGACCCUUAGCGGCGCCAUUGAUGUCAUUGUGGUUGAGCAGCAGGAUGGGACAUUGCUGUGUUCCCCGUUUCACGUACGGUUCGGCAAAUUCUCCCUGCUGCGACCGUACGAGAAGAAGGUCGAGUUCAAGGUCAAUGGCGUCAAGCAGGAGUACUCGAUGAAGCUUGGCGAGGGUGGAGAGGCCUUCUUCGUCUUCGAAACAACCGACACUAUCCCUCAGAGCCUGCAAACCUCGCCGCUAGUGUCGCCCGCUUCCAGUCCCCCUCUCAAUGCUCAGACCGGAGGCGCCCCGGGGCUCCAGGAGCUUGAGUCGCUCGACCUGAACGAUACAGCUGGCAAGCUUCGGUCUUCGAGCUUCAACAGGCCGCCGCCUGCCACCUUGUACUCCGCACCAGGGCGAGAUGGUCUAAUCACACCCCGAUCCGUCUCUCCAGAACUCUCUAAUAAGGGGCUGCCGGCAUCUGCGGACUGGUCCCCACAGCGUCCGCAUAGCGAGGAUAUCCUACGGAGCUCGGCACGGAAGCAGUCGACCGACCACGAGUUUGUCGAUAGCUCAGCCGAAGGCGACAGUCCGAGGUAUUCAGACCGGUCGCACAGCCCGCCUCCGCUGGGGUCGAGCGACGCUCUGCAGAGGGCCCAGAAUCUGUCCAAGGAGCUCUCAGCUGUCAACAUCCCAACGCAUAUUAGCGAGACUGGCGACCUGAUGCUGGACAUGACCGGGUUCAAGAACAACGACGAGGACGCUUUGCGUGCAGAGAUUCUGGCUCGAAAGGUGCUGGCCGAAGAGUUGGACGGCAAUUACGAUAUUGGCUCGCUCUUCGGGGUUGACGAUAGGGGAAACCUCUGGAUUUACAGCAGCCAAGAGGCCAAGGAUGGUGCCAUGAAGAAAGCCAUGGAGUCGUCUCUACGCACCUCAGCCGCCCUGACCAGUGACGCGGCGUCCGACCCGGGCUACCACAGCGACGGGAGCGACAUGACGGCUUCCCCGAUAAUCCCAAUCCACAGAAGGACGGAGUCUGAUGUUGGCCAAAUGAUGCAGACUCCCCCAGGUUCUCCUAGCUCGCCCGCCACCGGUGAUCCAAACCGGAACUAUGCCAAGACCUUACGCUUGACUAGCGACCAGCUGAAGGCCUUGAGCUUGAAACCUGGCGCAAACUCGGUGAGCUUCACGGUAAACCGGGCGACGUGCACGGCCUACAUGUAUCUUUGGAAGCAUGAGACGCCUGUAGUCAUCUCGGAUAUUGACGGAACCAUUACAAAAUCCGAUGCCCUAGGCCAAGUGCUAAACAUGAUCGGGCGAGACUGGACUCACGCGGGGGUGGCCAAGCUGUAUUGUGAUAUUGUAGCCAAUGGCUACAAUAUCAUGUACCUCACGAGUCGGUCGGUCGGACAGGCCGAUACCACGAGAGCUUACCUUGCCGGAAUCGUCCAGGGUGGCUACCGCCUGCCUCGCGGCCCUACAAUUCUGUCCCCGGACAGGACAAUGGCCGCUCUCCGUCGAGAGAUUUAUCUGCGCAAGCCUCACAUCUUCAAGAUGGCAACACUGCGUGAUAUCCGCAAUCUCUACGGACCCGAGGGAUCUCCAUUCUAUGCAGGCUUCGGUAACCGUUUCACCGACCAGAUCUCGUACCGGACAGUGGAUGUACCGCGGAACCGUAUCUUCACCAUCAAUUCCAAUGCAGAGGUCUCGCUAGACCUGCUGAGUCUUAACAAGCUCAAGCUGAGCUACGUCAACAUGACUGAAGUGGUCGAUCAUUACUUCCCCCCCGUGAGCAUGCUCGUCAAGGGGGGUGGCGAGGACUUUACAGACUUCAAGUAUUGGCGCGACACGCCCCUGGACCUUGACGAGUUUUCGGCUAGCGACUCGGAAGAGGAUGACGACGACCAGGCCGAAGACGACCAUGAAAGCCAAUAUGCCGAUGAGGACGAUGACGAGGAGAUCGGCGACGGCCUCGGCGACAGCCUUAUAUCGCGCGACUCGGCUGAUGACUACGGCGAUGGAAGCAUUGUGAGUGGGGAUUACGAUGAAGAACAUAUGGCAGGUUCGGUCAUCAUCUACGAGGAAGUCGAUGACGGCGGAGAUGAAGGAGAAGAAGGAGAAGAAGAAGACAAUGACGAGGAGGAGGAACAGGACCGUACCCAGCUUGGCGUACCGGACUCGAACUCGAAAGAGAACCAGACCGCGCCUUCGCCAAAGAUCGCCACAAAAGACUUGGACGCUGAACUCAUAACAGGAAUCAAAGACUUGUCAGUAGAGAAGGACGCCAAUUAA